CUGACGUUGGUGGAUUUUCCUUUCCUCUUUUAAAAGAGGGCAUGUGCUGUAUAUUAAAAUCAUGCCAUAGUAACAUCCCCUUUCCCUGGACAGCGUGGUUGUGAGAUGGAGAAUUAAAACCGAAAACGGGCACUGCUGGAUGCAAACAAUAAGUGACAGGAGCCAUUUCACUUUUACUUCAAUCCUAAAGCAUCAUCCUGAUCAAUUUCAAUGGGAUUCAGGGUUCAGUUCUGCUCAUUCUGUCUCAUUGAUAGCUGCGUUUAAGAGAGUCGCUCUUUCUUUACCGUUUCCUUCAUUCACGAUGUCCGAACAGCCGGUAACUUUACCCGUGUGCAGGCGCCUGACGUACGCCGUGGGACAUUUCUUCAACGACCUGUGCGCGUCGAUGUGGUUCACGUAUUUACUGGUGUAUUAUCACUCGGUGCUCGGCUUCAGGGACACGAACGCAGGUGCGCUGCUGCUGGUCGGUCAGAUCGCGGACGGGAUCUGUACUCCGCUCGUCGGUUACGAAUCCGACCGGACGUCAGGAUGUGGGAAGUAUGGGAAAAGAAAGACCUGGCAUUUAGUGGGAACAAUAAGCGUGUUUGCCUCCUUUCCCUUCAUAUUCAAUCCCUGCAUUGGAUGUGGUGAGAAAACCCCACAGACUGCAGGACUGAUCUAUGCCAUCCCAUUCAUCAUUAUCUUCCAAUUCGGCUGGGCUGCUACCCAGAUAUCCCACCUGUCGCUCAUUCCUGAACUGGUCACCUGUGAGCACGCCAAAGUGGAACUAACAUCAUACAGGUAUGCUUUUACAGUGGUGGCAAACAUUACGGUGUAUGCUGUGGUGUGGCUCUUGUUCCACUUCCAAUCCCAACAUACAGAAGAUCCAUCGAUUUCCCAGAGUCUGGGCUGGGCUGAUGUUCUCACCUUCAGAUAUCUGGCACUCAUAAUAUGGGCCAUCGGUACUGUUACCUCCGUCAUCUUUCACCUGGGCACUAAGGAAGGAGGAGUCCAGUCUCAGGAGAGUGAAGAGACGGAGGAAUCUCAGCCUUCAAUCCCCGGCUAUUCCCUGAUCUCUGGACGUCUGCUACUGUGGAAACACUGGCUCGCUGAGCCUGCCUUCUAUCAGGUAGCAGUACAAUAUAUGUGCACAAGACUGAUUGUAAAUUUGUCCCAAACAUACAUCCCAAUGUAUCUGACAAACUCCUUAUCACUUCCAAAGAACUACAUUGCAACGGUUCCCCUGGUCAUGUACGUCAGUGGGUUUGUGUCUUCUCUGCUUAUGAAGCCUGUUAACAAAUGGAUCGGCUCCUCUAUGGCCUAUUUUGUAGGUCUUGUGCCCAUAAUGGUGUUUUCCUUUUGGGUUUUGGUGGACACAAACAUGGGUACACGGGUUUAUGGAGCCGCUGUGCUGCUGGGAGCUGGAUCUGCUGUCAUUCUGGUCAUGUCUCUGUCCAUGACUGCCAAACUCAUCGACGAUCAAAGACAAAGUGGUGCUUUUGUGUACGGUGCAAUGAGCUUCACUGAUAAGGUGGCAAAUGGAGUUGGAGUGAUGAUAAUCCAGGCUUUACAUCCCUGUCAAACACUGGACUCCGACUGCAAAUGGUUUUACCGCACUGUCAUGGUGAUUGUCACCGGCGGUGUGGCUGGCGUUGCUGCUCUCUGUCUCUCUUCCCUUCUCAUCUGGCCCAUCGCAAUUCGCCGACGUCUCGCGGUCAUCAGAGGGCUGAUGGGUACAUAUGACGAUGAGACAAACAGCCGUGAGAUCAAUGGUAUACUGAACUGACAGGUGUGUGAAAAACACUGUUAAAAACAUGAAAACACUCAACAUUCUGUGAAAGACUGGGCCGCACUGCAGAGGAAACACUGCGUUUCCUUUUGUAACUAACCAGGAACAAGGAAGAGAAAACAAUUGCUGCGCUCUGGUCACGAGUGCUUGUCUCAGCACUUCAGAGAUGCUUGUUCUUACACUGUCAACAGGCUCUUUAUGUGACGUUUUAAAAUAUGAACUCCGGUCUGUCACAUGGAGUGACAACUCGAACAGGACAGCAAUGAUAAAACACAUUCAAAAGGAGGAAUUUACUCUGCUGAAGAUUUCCCAAACUUUUUUGAGUGUUCCACUGGAAAUGACAUGGAACAUGUUUGUAUGAUGACUUUGUAAAGUGCAUUGAAUAUGAUACAGAAACUGGCCAUUCUUUAAAGUUUUGCAGAUGCUUUAAUGCAAAGUGUCUGGCUGUAAAGUUGGAAUAGCACAAAUAUUUUUGCAGUAAAGCUUGUUCAGGCGGUUGUGCCUGUACUGUUUUGAAGUGG